AUGCCAAACAAAGAAGAAGCAGAAGGAAUUGCCGCAUCUGUCGCUGGAUCGUUAGUUGGAAACAAAGUCGCUGACAAGGCACAUCUUGGAGGAGCGGGCCAUAUAGCUGCUGGUAUCUUAGGAGGUAUCGGUGGUGCUCUGGCGAAUAAAGAAGUGAAGGCGAUCGAAGCCGAUAAGUUGGAGAAGUCCCUAGAAGAUGCACAAAACGGCAAAAGAGUCAAGGAUCUACUAGCCCGGUUGGCUGAGAAGCUCAGCAAUAACGAAGCUGCCUCUACGCCAACCGCGGCUGAGACCAAACGAGACGUGCCGAUUUCGAAAUUGGCGAAGAAACUACCCUUUGGGAACCUGUUGGAUCCGGGAAAAUAUCCGGGAUUGGCUACAUUCUUUGUUUUUGGUUUUCCUUCGGAUCUUCCUCAGUAUUUACUUUCCAAGUAUUGCUCGGAACACGGCAAGGUACAAAGUCUUGUGUUAAAUCACGACUCGCGAUGUGGAUUCAUUACCUUCCAGGAUAGAGUUUCUGCUGAAAAGUUUGCAGAAUCGGUAAACUCAAAUGGAUUGAAUAGGAAUAGAAAAACUGCGGGAUUGUUGGAAUUGAGCAACUACCCCAUGAGAGUUUGUUUUGGUAAACAGAAACCGUUGGCAAGAACCAACGAAGACAAGAGGCAACUAAGUGCCUUGGUGAAUAAAGUGAUGAAGCAGUUGGCUGAGAAAGAUAUCAAGUAG